AUGCUGCACCGCUUUGCUUUGCGAUAUGGUUCAGCCGCAGUCAUACGUCAGCCAUGCCGCAGCGCCGUUGCGAAGCUGCAAAUAGCUUGCUACUCAUCUGAGGACGAUUGGCGUCUUGUAGAUGAAGAUCUUGACGAUGGUUCCGACAAAAUUAUUGACAAGAACAGACGUGACUCGAUGCCACGACGCCAGACCAUGCCGGAGGCAGCCAAGAAGAGCCGAUUUAUGAUUGUUUCUCCUGAAAACCGCGGUAAAGUGCGUCGCCGACUAUUGGACGAGUUUAAAAAGGAUGGCAUUACACUCGUUGACCCGGACCAACCCGGUCAGUAUCUAACGCCUGAUGCUGGCGUCUUGAGUGAUAUGCGUGCUAUGAACAAAGAGGGCGACGAGAUGGAAUUUGCUGACGAGGAAGAGGAAGGCGAGAUCAAUCUUGGUCGAAUGGGAAUGUUGCGCCAGAUUGUGCACGUGGAUCAGGUGCAGAAAGUCACGACGCAGGAGCGCAUCAUGAACUUUCGUGCGCUCGUUGUCGUCGGUAACAUGCGCGGCGUUGCUGGUUACGCUGUAGGCAAGGGAUCCUCUCCGCCUAUCGCUAUCGAGCGUGGCACAAAGCUCGCUUUGAAGAAUUUUACCUUCGUUGACCGAUUUGAUAAUCGCACGUUAUAUCACGAAGUACGUGGCAAAUGGAACAGCUGUACGCUCUUCUUGCGUCCGACACCCAAGGACAAAGGACUUACGGUAAGUGACACUGUGGCUUGUGUAUUAGACUGCUUUGGUAUCACGGACGUAGUAUCGAAGACCCACGGGCAACGCAAUCCUUUUACUGUCGUCAAAGCUGUAUUUGAUGCGCUUUCUAAGCAUGAGACGGCUGAAGAAAUUGCUCUCCGGACUGGCCAUUCCGUUGUGGAAAUUAGCACCUUGGCGCGUAUGCGCAAUCUUUAG